UACGGGCCGCCCUGGGCCCAGGCCCUGGCCGCCGUGUUUCGCUUCCACCCCUUCGCCGUGCGGGAGACGCCGCGGGUGCGGCAGCUGGCCCUGCGCCGUGGCUCCGCCGUCUUCGUUGUCAACGAGCGCCUGGUGCCCGGCUCCACCGGUGACCUCCUCUACGAUGUAGACCCGCAGCCAGCCUUGGGCACAGCCUCCAACAUCUGCUUCGAGGUGGACAACGUCCCCAGGGUCUGCGAGCAGCUGCGUAGCCGGGGGUGCUCCCUACAGGUGCCCCCCACCGAAGUGGGGGACGAUGGUGGCUCUGUCACCUAUAGUGUGGCGAGCUCUGUCGUGGGCAACAUCAGCCAUACCCUGCUGGAUCGGUCACGCUACCGAGGACCCUUCCUGCCUGGCUUCCAGGCCAUCCCAGGAGCUCCACCAGCAGGUGGGGAUGGGGUUGGAAUCACCCACUUCGACCACAUCACGUGCGUCUGCUCACGGGGCAGAGCCAGGGCAGCUCUGGACUGGUACCAGCACUGCUUUGGUUUCCAGCGCUUCCAGCUGAACCCGCAGGAGAGCAUGUCCAAGGGGUACGCGAUCAGCGGGCAGGGGGUCGGCAUGCUCCUCCUGGCACUGCAGAGUGCCAAGGGCACGCGUGCCCUGCCCUCCCACAACUGCAAACUCAUCCUUGCCGAGUCCCUCUCAGAGGAUGGCACAAACCAAGUCGAUACCUUCCUGGAGCAGCACAGAGGGGCUGGAAUCCAGCACGUGGGCCUCUACACCCCAGACAUCAUCAACACGACCAGAGCCUUGAAGCAGGCCGGUGUGCAGUUCUUCAUGCCCCCUGCCACCUAUUACACCCAGGAGGACAAAAAGGAAGAGAUCUGGGGGGCUGGGGAAGACCCCCGUGUGCUGGCAGAGCUGGGCAUCCUGCUGGAUGCUGCAAUACCCAGGGACAGUGAGAAUGGCCGCCUGGGUGCUGACACAACAGAGUCCACUUUUCAGAAGAAAUAUUUGAUGCAGAUCUUUACUCGCCCCAUUUUCCCCCAGGAGACCUUCUUCUUGGAGCUCAUUGAACGGCGGGGCGCCCCAGGCUUCGGGGAAGCCAAUAUACGGGCACUGUGGAAAGCUGUGCAGGUCCACAUGGCCCAGCAGCAGCAAGUCCACCAGCCUCCUCCUGUCCCCACUGGGACCCCACUGCAGACACCCCCACGCAACUGCAGCCCAGCUGAGGGUGGCAGGGACUUUGGGAAGUCCCCAGUCCAAACCAAAGUCAAGCUUGGGUCAAGGUGA